GGCGCCCAGGGCGGACUCAGCCCCCCAUUUGGGGCGGCGGCGAGCGCGGGAGCGGCGGGAGCGGCGGGCUGACAGGGAGGCGAUGCAGAAAUCGGAGUACCCUGGAGGCGUGCAGUUGAGAGUCAGAACAACAGGUAAUUAUGAUCAAAGGACAUCCUCAAGUGCACAAAUAAAACACAGGACUACAGUUCAGCGGAGCAAAUCCUCCUCAUUAACCAGUUCUCCAGAGGCUGCAAGACGGGUUCAUCCUCGGCCAAGUGAUAAACUCAACCCGAAAACCAUUAACCCUUUCGGUGAGCAGUCACGAGCCCCUUCUGCAUUUACAGCUAUCUACGCUAGGGGUGGCAUCCCUUGCAGAUUGGUACAUGGCUCAGUAAAACACAGAUUACAGUGGGAAUGCCCGCCUGAAAUUCUUCCAUUUGACCCUCUUCUAAUUACUUUAGCUGAGGGCCUGAGGGAGACAAAGCAUCCUUAUACCUUUGUGUCCAAGGAGGGCUUUAGGGAAUUACUUCUGGUCCAGGAUGCUCCUGAAAAAGCUGUACCAUUGCUACCCAGACUCAUCCCUGUGCUGAAGGCAGCUCUGGUCCAUUCCGAUGACGAGGUGUUUGAAAGAGGACUGAGUGCACUCGUACAGCUAAGUGUGGUCGUUGGCCCAUCUCUGAAUGGCCAUCUGAAACUUCUGCUUACAAGUCUUUCCAAGAGGCUAAUGGACAAAAAAUUCAAAGAACCCAUCACCAGUGCCUUGCAAAAGCUGGAGCAGCACGGCGGGAGUGGAAGUCUUAUUGUCAUCAAAUCCAAAAUCCCAACAUACUGCUCUAUCUUCUCUUGAGUAAGGGAGCUACCAAAAGCCAGGCCCUGACGGUGGCUGCAGCGGGCUUCUCCUGAGUUCAUUUCACUCUGAUUCAUUAACCAGGCUGGAGGACCCUGUCCCGUCCAGAGGACUCCUUGUGCAAGCUGUUUGUCAACAAAAAGCACAGGUGCUAAUGGAAAGCAAUUAAAGUACUCUGGUGAAAAGUUGACUUCUGUGAGGGUUUCUCAUCUCUAUGAAUCUGUGUGAAUUUAUGGGUCAUAUCUAUGAGCAUAUUUUCCAAUGUAUUUUUACUUACAGCUAUUCCGAACAUCACUUUAUAGCUGUGCACUUAUAGGUUGUUUUUGGACAUUUCUUGUUUUUUUUUUUUUUUUUUUUAUUUAUCAAGGCUGAAAAAAUUUAAGAUAGCAAGUAAACAUUUGUGACUUCACUUUUAGCUGGGUUGUGCAAAAGUGUAUUUUAUAAUGUGGAAUGCUUGGGCACCUCUUUUCCUUCCCGAAUAUUCUAGUUUAAAAAACUUGUUCUAAAU